AGUGAACCGACGGAGAGCGUACAACGAAUGAGCGAGUGGCUGUUAUUUGUGAACUAAAUGCGAUUAUUUUCACUUAAACAUUUUUAUUGAGCUGGAAAAGAGACAGACACAAAGGUGAGGAGCUCGGCUGAUGGAUGAGGAGGAGGAUGAUGUGCGCAGGAAGGGUGUACAGCGCUGGCCUUCCUCCCACCUUCAGAUAAAGCAGACCGAGACAGCAGGGCGACCCCCUCUAUCGUCCAACGGCAUGCUGCCCUGCCGGGUGCGUGUCGAGCCCACACGCUUUCUCUACGGUAACGCAGGACUGCUACUGCUAGCGCCGCCCGGCCGCUCUCAGCCUCCAGACGUGGUGUUACGGCAGAACCUGCGGACGAUGGAUCCAGUGGCGCCGCGGCCCGAGCAGAGCGUGGAAACUCUCAUCGGCCAGAAGCUCCAGCUGAUCGGAGAUCAGUUCUAUCAGGAGCACAUGACGCAUCAUAGAAACCAAAGGAACCGGGAUCCGCUGUGGUGGCGUGUGGCGGUGGCGUUCUACACGCUGUUUUUCGGCAGAGAGGCCGACGCCAGGGCAAACCGCAGGUGAAACGCCUCGCAAUCACAAACUGCCAUCCGUGUCCCAGUCCUCACGACGGAGCGGGACGUUUAACGGCACUGUCUGAAAUCUAACACGGGUUUUGAGGGGGAAUAUCAGAGACUGAAAUGAAGACGUCUCCGCAGGACGGGGACGGUUUUUAACGUAUUUUUCCCCCCAUGAAGAUGCCAUGAUGUUCUUGAGAUUCUAACAGGAAUAUUUUCAUAAACAUGAGGUAUUUUGUACAGAAUGCUGUUUAAUUUUCUUUGCACUUCCAUACGUGUAUAUCCGAAUGACCUCCACGAGUCUUGGGAACGCCUUACUGUCCCACGCCACCCAUAAACGCAGGAGGACGGUGGACGGGAUUUUCCUUCAGAAAUCUCCCAAGACGUCCAGCAACUUGACAAAUCUCCAAAGAGGCCGUUUUUCAGAACAAAGCUUUUUGCACCUCAUUUCGUCCAGUUUUCUUGAUGUUUUUACUUUUUUAAUUACGUAUUUGUUGGAUUUUUUUUAUUGUUCUUCCUAAUUUUGGGUUUAAAUAUUUGUCAGAAGAGCAGGCGAGGACGAGCUAGACGUCUUUGAAGAGGGUUUGAUGAAGUCAAUGAUGAGUUGAUGUACUGCUGUUGUUGAGUUUUCUUUAUAUUUCAUUUGAUUUGAUUUGUUUUGAUGCAACAGCAUGAAAUAUUACUGAAUUGGCUGUGUUGUUUGCUUCAAAAUCAUUAAAUAAUGAUCUUAUCAUCUACGUAUGAUUUCGGGGAAGCAACGGUGGAGGAAAACUGUUAUCAGGUCUUAAAAAUUCACCAAAUUUUAUAAAACAUUAGAAUAAAAGUUGUAAAAAUGUUGACUUUAAGUCUCACUCAGGUACUUAAAGGGACAGUUCACCCAAAAAUACACUUUCUGGAAUCGUUUACUCACACUCACCAAGUUGUGACAUGAUUGACUUUCAUAGUAUGGAAAAAAUAUAUAAUGGAAGUCAAUGGGUACCAUCAGCUGUUUGAUUUCCAAAACUCUUCAAAAUAUCUCCAUUUAUGUUUAACAGAAAAAAUUAUGACAGAAUUUGUUUACCUGAACCAAGUUGUUCCAUCAUAGAACCCAUUGACUGCCAUUGUAUGAAUAAAAAUACUUUGGAAGUCAAUGGGUACCGUCAGCUGUUUGGUUACCAACAUUCUUCAGAAUAUCUCCAUUUAUGUUUAACAGAAAAAAGAGUAAAUUAUGAUAGAUUUUUUUUUUUUCACCUUAACCAAGUUGUUCAAAAAUGGAAACUAUUGACUUCCAUGAAAGUCACCAUGAAAGUCACCAUGAAAGUCAAUGGGUACCGUCAACUGUUUGGUUACCAAAAUUCUUCAAAAUAUCUUCUUUUGUGUUCAACAGAAGGAUGAAAAUAACCUUUCAUCAUUUACUCACCCUCAAGUUGUUCCAUGAUGGAACCCAUUGAUUUCCAUUGUAUGGAUUAAAAUAUAAUGAAAGUCAAUGGGUACCAUCAGCUGUUUGAUUUCCAAAACUCUUCAAAAUAUCUCCAUUUAUGUUUAACAGAAGAAAUUAUGACAGAAUUUUUUUUCACCUUUACCAAGUUGUUCCAUAAUGGAACCCAUUGGCUUCCAUUGUAUGGAUGAAAAUAUAAUGGAAGUCAAUGGCUACCGUCAACUGUUUGGUUAACAAAAUUCUUAAAAAUAUCUCCAUUUACGUUUAACAGGAGACAAAAGACUAAAUUAUGGCACUUUUGUUAUGACAAUUUUUUUUUUUUUUAACCUUAAUCGAGUUAUGUAUAGGAACCUAUUGACUUCCAUAAAACCCGCCAUGAAAGUCAGUGGGUACCGUCAACUGUUUGGUUACCAAAAUUCUUCAAAAUAUCUUCUUUUGUGUUAAACAGAAGGAAGAAAAUAAUCUGUCAUUGUUUACUCACCCUCAAAUUCUUCCAUGAUGGAACCCAUUGACUUCCAUUGUAUGGAUAAAAAUACUAUGAAAGUCAAUGGGUACCAUCAGCUGUUUGAUUUCCAAAACUCUUCAAAAUAUCUCCAUUUAUGUUUGACAGAAGAAAUUAUGACAGAAUUUGUUUACCUGAAGCAAGUUGUUCCGUCAUGGAACCCAUUGAUUUCCACUGUAUGAAUAAAAAUACUAUGGAAGUCAUUGGGUACCGUCAGCUGCUUGGUUACCUACAUUCUUCAAAAUAUCUUCUUUUGUGUUCAACAGAAGGAUGAAAAUAACCUUUCAUCAUUUACUCACCCUCAAGUUGUUCCAUGAUGGAACCCAUUGAUUUCCAUUGUAUGGAUUAAAAUAUAAUGAAAGUCAAUGGGUACCAUCAGCUGUUUGAUUUCCAAAACUCUUCAAAAUAUCUCCAUUUAUGUUUAACAUAAGAAAUUAUGAAAGAUUUUUUUUUCACCUUUACCAAGUUGUUCCAUAAUGGAACCCAUUGGCUUCCAUUGUAUGGAUGAAAAUAUAAUGGAAGUCAAUGGCUACCGUCAACUGUUUGGUUAACAAAAUUCUUAAAAAUAUCUCCAUUUACGUUUAACAGAAGACAAAAGACUAAAUUAUGACACUUUUGUUAUGACACUUUUUUUUUUUUUUAACCUGAAUCGAGUUAUGUAUAGGAACCUAUUGACUUCCAUAAAACCCGCCAUGAAAGUCAAUGGGUACCGUCAACUGUUUGGUUGCCAACAUUCUUCAAAAUAUCUUCUUUCCUGUUCAACAGAAGGAAGAAAAUAAUCUGUCAUCAUUUAUUCACCCUCAAGUUGUUCCAUGAUGGAACCCAUUGACUUCCAUUGUAUGGAUAAAAAUACUAUGGAAAUCAAUAGGUACCGUCAGCUCUUUGGUUACCAGCAAAUAUCUUCUUUAGUGUCCAACAGAAGGAAAAAACUCGUACAGGUUUGGAACAACAUGAGGGUGAGUAAGUGAAGGCAGAAUUGUAAUUUUUAGGUGUACUGUCUCUUUAAAUCCACUAAACUUCAAAUGGCCAAUAGAUGCAAACCAGUUUUGACAUAUCAUAACGUUUCUGUGCCUACAACACAAACAGAUCGACCUAGACUGUGUUUACACUCACAUACAGCAAACAUAUCAGCCUCAGCACCACAAAUCUCUUUUCUUAAGUCGUUUUGUUUUUAUACAUCAUCUGAAACUGUGGUUCUCUUGCCUGUUGAAGAUAAUCCAAGCAAUACUGUGUAAAUCUGUGAAGUUUUCUUCUCUCAGGACUCUUGGCGCUUUUGAUUUUCCUUUGUUUGUACUUUUAUACCUACUCUGUAAAGUUACGGUGGUGUACAUUUCUUUCUUUCGUUUGCUUUUUGUUUUGUUUUUUUAUAUGACCACUACUUUGUAGAAGACAUAAGGAAGAACUUCUUCUGAAAUUUGUUAAGACUGUAAUUAUUAUAUUUGAAGACACUGAUGCAUUCAAUGCUGUUCCUCUGAUUUGUCUGUCCUGUUUUUUGUUUUUUGUUCAUCUUGAAGGAGUGCUCAUAUAUUGUGAGACUUUGAUUCAGAUUGACGUCACAUCUCUGAAAUCAUGCAGUUCGUUCGUUUCAAAUCAGAGAUGAUGGCAGACGAUCAAAUGAAGGAAAACAUACACUUUUUUUAAUGAAAGCACAUCGUUUUUAGUCUUUGAAGACAAAAGUCAUCAUCAUUUAUUAGAACCGUAUCAAAUGUUAAAUCCACUCUCAUUCACCCCAAAGAAAUCAAAAGAAAUAAAAUUAUUAAAUUGAUUUUUAGGACCAUUUAGUUUAGUUUUAUACCUCGUUUGUAAACUUUAAUUGUAGAUAUACAUCAUGAUAGUAAUUUUUCUACCACCUUUUUUAUUUUUAUGCUUUUAAUAUUUAUUUCUUUUGUUUCUUUAUUUUUCUAUUGUUUAUUUUUCCCAUUUUGUUACUAUUUUAGAUAUGGAAUAAUGUAAAACAUUGAAAAAAAACUCAGAAUUCUAAGAAAAAGGUCAGAAUUGUAAGAUUUAAACUUAGAAUUGAAAGAAAAAAGUUUAUUUCUCACAAUUCAGAUUUUUUUUUCUGUUGGUUUUCUUCUUUUGUUACUUGCUCCCUAUUUUAGGAAUAAUGUAACAGAUUAUUUAAUUUAAUUUAUGUUUGAAAAUCUUGAUUUCAUUACUUAAAUACAUUAUAAAGUAUUAAAUUGAAUAGAAAACAUGCUUGAUUGUCUUAAAAGUAAUGGCGAUGUCACAAUGCAUGAUGCUCUUAAAAAAUAGGCUUCAGUUUCUUUAUUGAAAACUAAGAUUUCUUCUGAUUUUGAGGUGAGAUGUGACUGGGAUUUGCCGUAUUUUUGUAGGUCUGGUGUUGUAAAAGUAUUGGUUUUUAGGAAUGUAGCCUCAAACUCCACUGGUACAUCAGUACGGUACAGGUUCAGUCAUUCAUUAGUUCUCGUUGAGGCGGAGACGGCGGUUGCAUGAUGUAGCAUGUCGAAUGUUGCGCGAGCUGAACGUGUGUUUCCUGCGGAUUGUGAACGCUGAGCCAGCGCCGCUCGUUCUCCCGCCUCAUCCAGCCAGCCGCUCACGUAUGUGCACUCCUCGGCUUUCCUUCAUGACGUUUUUAAUUUAUUUCUUCUUAUUUAUUUUGUUUCUCUUUUUUGUAUAUCAGCUCAUUGCUACUGUAUAAAUUUUAUUGUGCAAUUCUUUUCUUUAUACGCCUUUAUAUGAUACUAAUGUUUUGUCGUGCAUUUCUGGUGUUCGUUGUGUUGCUGAAGGAGCUUUUGGAUGCUCAGUCAUUUUAAUCUCCAGCCGUCUGUGUGUUUCGGUGUCUCUCAAAUCGAAAUGCCAUCAGAUGAAUUGAGCUUGAGGAAAGUCGGCGAUUAUGUGCAAUCAGGCGAAUCUCACGAAAACACGGCCGGGUUGUGUUUCACUCCAAAAUCCCAAUUUUUUAAAAUACAUUUUUAUAACAAUUAAGCACCUACAAAUUCUACUGUGGUGUGAAACAUUUGACUUUUGGGUUUGUUUGUAAUUGUUUGCUUCUGAUUUUGGGGUAAAAUAUAUGGAAGCUUGUUUACGCCACAGGAUAAAAAAUUUAAAAAAAGUGAUUGCACUGAUUAAAACAUUUUAUCUCAAAUUAGCAUGAAAAAAAUUGUUUUUUUUCUGAGUUUCUAACACAAUUUGGACUUUUUUGCCCAAUGCUAAGUUUAUGCCUUGCAAUUCAGACUUUUUUGUUAGUUACGUUAGUAUGACACGUUUCUGAUUUUAUACGUCGCAAUUCUGGCUUUUUUACACAAUUCUGAUUUUAUGUCGCAAUUCUGACUUUUCCGCGCGUUUCUGAGUUUAUACGUCGCAAUUCAGGCUUUAUUAACCAAUUCUCAUUUUAUACGUCACAAUUCUGAGUUUAUACGUCACAAUUCUGACUUUUUGCGCAAUUCAGAUUUUAUAAGUCUAUGUCGCAUUUAUAUCACUUUUUUUGUACAAUUCUGAGUGUAUGUCUUGCCAUUCUGGCUUUUUGCUUAAUUUUUUAUUUUAUAUGUCGCAAUUCUGACUUUUUGCACAAUUCUGAUUUUAUACGUCGCAAUUCUGACUUUUUGCUCAAUUUUUUAUUUUAUAUGUCGCAAUUCUGACUUUUUGCAAUGAUUAAAACAUUUUAUCUCAAAUUAGCAUGAAAAAAAUUGUUUUUUUCUGAGUUUCUAACACAAUUUGGACUUUUUUGCCCAAUUCUAAGUUUAUGCCUUGCAAUUCAGACUUUUUUGUUAGUUACGUUAGUAUGACACGUUUCUGAUUUUAUACGUCGCAAUUCUGGCUUUUUUACACAAUUCUGAUUUUAUGUCGCAAUUCUGACUUUUCCGCGCGUUUCUGAGUUUAUACGUCGCAAUUCAGGCUUUAUUAACCAAUUCUCAUUUUAUACGUCACAAUUCUGAGUUUAUACGUCACAAUUCUGACUUUUUGCGCAAUUCAGAUUUUAUAAGUCUAUGUCGCAUUUAUAUCACUUUUUUUGUACAAUUCUGAGUGUAUGUCUUGCCAUUCUGGCUUUUUGCUUAAUUUUUUAUUUUAUAUGUCGCAAUUCUGACUUUUUGCACAAUUCUGAUUUUAUACGUCGCAAUUCUGACUU